CUGGAAUUUGCAGCCUUUGCAGCAAUCAAAAAGCAUGGCUGACCCGAGCGACUUCAAGGAGCUAGAGAAAAUGCUGGACAAACAAGAUGCCAAGAGCAAAGCAAAAAAGUCACCAUCCGUCGCCCAAUUGAAGCCAGACCUUGCGGCUGGCAUGGAGAAGAUUUCGCUGUCGACGGAGGAAGACAAGGCGGCUCGGAAGGCAAAACUCGCCAGCCAAACGUUUGAAAAGAAGCCUAAACUGACCAAGGAAGAGCGCCGCGCACAGCAAGAAGCGCAACGACUGGCUAAAGCUGCCGGCGCGCCUGCCAAGACCGCACCGAAGGCCGCUGCGGCCCCGGCUCCACCCACUGCUCGCAUGCAGUACGACGACCCUAAAAAAGUUGCCAAGUACUCGAAGAGCUCUGUCAUCCAACGCACGCAAGCCCAGAAACAAGUCGCGCUAUUUUCGCAUUUGCCCCAAUUCGAACGCGAAAGUUCCUUGUCGUUGAACGUCGGGUUUUCUAAAGCCGAAAUCCACCCGGCGAUCCUAUCGCUUGGAUUAAAGUAUGCCGAAGGCAAACUCGUGGGCGGCAACGCGCGGUGUGUGGCCAUGCUCACGGCGUUCCAGCAAGUGAUCAAGGACUACCACACGCCGCCGGACAAGGUCCUUCGCCGAGACCUGGAUAAGACGCUGCGUCCGCUCAUCCAGUUCCUCAUCGACUGCCGACCGCAUAGCAUCGGCAUGGGCAAUGCGAUUCGUUAUGUUCGCAAUGUGAUUGCCACGUUGGAUCCGUCCAAGGGCGACGACGACGCCAAGACGUUCGUGUUGGACGAGAUUGACCAGUAUAUUGAGAAUCGGAUUGUAAUGGCGAUGACGGCCGUGUCCAAGUUUGCAUGCUCCAAGAUCGUGGACGGCGACGUGAUCUUGACGUAUGCGCGCGCCGACAUCAUCGAAGUGCUGCUCAAGCAGGCUUUUGAUCAAAAGAUUCAAUUUCGCGUGCUGGUCGUGGACUCGCGGCCGCAUUUCGAAGGCAAAAAGCUCAUCCGCGCCUUGGCCGAACAUGGCUUGCCGUGCACGUACAUUCAAAUCAACGCGCUGUCGUACGUGAUGAAGGAAGUGACCAAGGUGUUUUUGGGCGCGACAGCCAUCAUGAGCAACGGCGCCGUGGUCGCCCGUGUCGGCACGGCGCUGUGUGCGAUGACAGCGCACGAGUUCAACGUUCCCGUGCUGUUUUGCUGCGAAACGUACAAGUUUUCGGAUCGGGUGCAACUCGACUCGAUCACGCACAACGAACUGCGGGACCCGGACGAACUGGUCAACUCGUACGCGGCGGACCACCAGCGGCUGACCAACCGACCCGAGGCGGAAGCGUCGGCGCACGUGCUGGCGGACUGGCGGGACCUGCCCAACCUCAAGCUGCUCAACUUGGUGUACGACCUCACGCCCAUGGAGUACGUGUCGAUGGUCGUGACAGAGAUUGGCAUGAUCCCACCGACGUCGAUUCCGGCUAUCAUUCGCGAGUACCGAAAGGAAUACAACAACGAAGAUGCGGUGCACUUGCCAUAGGUUGACCACUUUAAACAUAAGCUCUCUGCCUCAUCAUGGCUUUGGAUGACGUUCGAACCUAUAAGUUUGAAGUACCAGCAGGGCUUCUUUGGCUGCAAAAUAACCUCGACACAAUGCAAUUCAAUACCAAGAAGGGCA